GGGCUUUUCAAUAACUUUAUUGACAAGAAGACGCGGUGGAUUCUGAGGGAGGUCGAGCGUUGGGGUGAGGUGCGGUUUUUGUUCCGUCUGCCGCUCGGUGUGCCGCGUAGUGCCAGCCUCCGCCGCAGCUCGAAGUCAUGAUUUGUCGCUAGAUUGGGCGUGCCCGUGUUUAUUGACUUUUAGAUAUGCCGCAGACUUUAUCGCGAUUUUGUACCAACGGCACGCACCUCCCGCUCGGCCUUCGCUUCCAGAGAUAACGCUCACCAGGUGGGGCAGCUUUGUCCAGGGUGGUGGCUGUGUCUGAAGGCAAGGAACUGCUCAUUAACAUCCACCCCCCCCCCCUCCCCUCGGUGAGGGAAGGGGUGAUAUCGAGGGGGAAGGGGCCUUUCUGCCAGCUACCAUGAGAUACAAUGAGAAGGAGCUGCUGUGUCUCUCCAAACAACCGGCCGAGAAGGCAGCCGAGCUCACCAUGAAGGGCCCAAAGCGCAACGACGCUGCAAAAUGUCGUCUAGUGAAGCUAGUUGUCAACUUUCUUUUCUACUUUAGAAUUGAUGAAGAAGAGCCUGUUGGUGCCUUAUUACUUGAGCAGUGUAGAAUCCAAAAGGAGGAAGACACUGGCUUCUCACUAGUAUUUGUGGAUGAACCAGAAAGAAAAUACUCAUUUGUGUGUGACAAUAAAGAUGAAUGUGAGGAGUGGAUUGAAGCUUUGACAAAAGCCAGCUAUGAGUACAUGCGGAACAGUUUAAUUUUUUACAGACAUGAAAUUGAAAAAAUAACUGGAAAAGAUCCACUGGAGCAGUAUGGAAUUUCGGAAGAAGCUAGAUUUCAAACCAGAUCCCAGAGGCUGUAGAUGCCUGUAGAGAGUGCUGUGCUAGAAGAAACACCAGUUGUUGAUCAUCCCAACUCUAAAUUCCACAAGAAUUCCUCUGGCAACUGCGAGAGAUAAACAGCAAGCAUCAUGGCUCAGUGUGAAGGCUGAGCCACUGUUUCCAACUGGAGUCUUUACGUUUUGCAACAGUACCCUUUUUUUUAACAAAAAAGCAGGUUUGCAAUGUGGUAAAUGUCUUCCUAUUCCAUCCAUUGCAUCAACUCUUCAAUGAAGGCAGACAAAAUCUCAAAUUGUUGGGACUAAAAAUUCACAGGUGACAUUGGUCUUCGUAAAAGGCAACUCAAUCUCAAAUGAAUUAACCCCCAGGGGUUUAAUCAGAGCCAAAGUCAGAGCCACACAGCAAGGAAACAGGCCCUUUGGACCAAGUAGUCCAUGCCGACUGUGUAACGUUUCUAAGGAUAAACAUGACAGCACAAAAUCCAAAACAAUAAUAACAAAAUUUCAUGUGUAACCAAGGCAAAGCAAAUAAAAUUAGACAACGCCAACAUCAUGACCAUGAGCUCUUCCUCAGAACUCCAAGGAGUUGAAACAUUUGAAAACAUUAAUUCCUGUUUUACUGCUAAAAAGGCAAACUAAAUUCUCAACUCAGAGAAGAGUCCUUGCUCAUUAACUCCAUAAAUUAGGUGGUGGCCAUGUAAACUUAUACCUCUUGAAGUUUUUGUUGAAAAAGAAGCCGCACUUCUUCUUUCUGUGUCUGACAGUGCCUAAACAACUGCUGUGCUUUUCCUGUCAACUGCAUGUUCUUCAACUGCAAAACAAAAAUUACAUUCUGUUGAUAGCAACCUGAAGGGUCAGCAUUUUUUCAAUUCAAAAACAAAACUACAAUCUCAAUACCAAGUUUGGCCAUGCUCAGGGUUGUCAGGCUAAAGAAAAUUUGCUUUUUUCUUCAAGCAAAAGCAACAAAACAAGAGCUUUUCCCUGUGAUCUUUUCAGAAAAAUCCUAGAUUUUUGCUCAUGGCAUGAAGAAGAAUGAACUUGAAUUUACUAACAUUGCAUUUUUGAUCUUUCUGGUGAACAUGCCAAUGGAAACCACAUUCUCUGCUCCACUGAGAUGUCAAAUCAAAGUUAAGACUCCCACAGUCCAACGAUGUGUAGGUUAGGCAGAUUGGCCAAGCUAAAUUGCCCAUAGUGUUCAGGGAUUGCAGAUUAGGUGGGUUAUAGGGGGAUAGGUCUGGGUAGGAUGCUCCAAGGGUCAGUGUGGACUUCUUGGGCCAAAAGGCCUAUUUCCAUACAGUACGGAUUCUAUGAAUUCUAUGAAGAAAAAGACUGUCAUUAUGAAAAGGAAUGUGUUCUUUGCUCAAGUACCUGUAGAGGGCCUAAAUCAUAUUAGAUUAAAACCUCAGGGCUGCAGAGGAAGAGA